AUGGAGGAGUUAAGUUUCAAAGUGGUGCUCUUCUCUUUCUUUACUUUUUCCCUUCUCUUUAUCUUGAAACUAAUCAUCCAAAAGCAUGCAAACCCUAAAAGCAAGAACCGGCUUCCACCAAGUCCUCCUGGUCUUCCAAUCUUAGGCCAUCUUCAUCUGCUUAAAGAGCCGGUUCACCGGACCCUGCACGGUCUCAUGGAGAGAUACGGCGACGUCUUGUUGCUCAAAUUCGGCGUGCGUAAAAUCCUCGUGACCUCCAACCCAUCUGCGGUCGAGGAAUGUUUCACGAGGAACGACAUUAUUUUCGCCAACCGGCCGCACACCCUUGCCGGGAAACACCUCAACUACAACUCCACCACCAUGGGACUCGCCUCGUAUGGCGAUCACUGGCGCAAUCUCCGGCGUCUCACGACAGUGGAAAUGUUCUCCUCAACCCGCAUGGCCAUGUUAUCGGAUGUUAGGCACGACGAAGUGAGGUUGCUACUGAAAGGACUAUUUCAUGAAUCGAACGAACGGUGGACAAAGAUCGAAAUGAGAUCGAAAUUCAGAGAACUUUCAUUUAACAUUGUGAUAAGAAUGAUCGCGGGAAAGAGGUACUACGGCAAGGACGCCGUUGGUGAAGAAGCUGCGGAGUUCCGCCGCAUCAUCAAAGAGGUUGUGGAGCUUCACGGAACUGCAAACUUAGGCGAUUACUUGCCGAUCUUUCAGUGGGUUGAUUUUCAGGGCGUCGAGAAGAGGAUGAUAAGGUUGAUGGGGAAAAUGGAUAGGUUUUGCCAGAAUUUGAUUGAUGAGAUCAGAGGAAUGAGGAAGGAGUUGACCCGGAAAGAAAGGAAGAUGAUGACAUUGAUCGAUGUUAUGUUAUCCUUGCAAGAGAAGGAACCAGAAUCUUAUACUGACCAGACCCUCAAGGGUGUCAUCAUGACAUUGCUUGGUGCUGGCACGGAGACUGCAUCAACUACCCUAGAAUGGGCAAUGUCUCUUCUUGUAAACAAUCUAGAUACAUUGAAGAAAGCUCAAAUUGAGAUCGAGGCCAACGUUGAGCAAGACCGCCUCAUCACCGAGCACGACCUACCGAACCUGAAUUACCUCCAAGCAAUUGUCAAUGAGACAUUGAGGUUGUUUCCACCAACCCCACUUUUGGUACCGCAUGAGUCAUCAAGUGAUUGCAAUGUUCUUGGGUAUCAUGUGCCCAGAGGCACCAUGUUAUUAGUUAACUUAUGGAGCAUCCAUAGGGACCCUAAGCUUUGGGAGGAACCAACAAAAUUCAUACCAGAGAGAUUUGGAAACAGAGGUGAUCAAAGAGAAGAGAAGGAUGAUAAUUUCAAGUUCCUUCCUUUUGGUGCUGGAAGGAGAGCUUGUCCCGGGGCUAAUCUGGGAAGAAGAGUGAUUGAACUAGGGCUAGGGGCGUUGAUUCAGUGCUUUGAGUGGAAAAGGGAUGGAGAAGAGGAGAUCGAUAUGAAUGAAGGGACGGGACUUUCGAUGCCGAAAUUGGAGCCUCUAGAGGUUUUGUGUAAACCACGUGAAUCCAUGAUCCACCCGCUCUCGAAAAUGAUGGAGACAUGA